UCAAGUAAACAAGCUUGACCGGUCGCACACAAUGUCCGAUAUUUUUGAGAAUUUGGACAGCUUUUUAGAUAAUUACGACGAAAACAACAUAUCAUCAAACAGCAUCCUGUUCAAUGCAGAACGCGACAGCAAUGCAAACGAUUCGUUGGGUAACGAUUAUUCUAGGGGGCUAAGCACCAGCUCUGCUGGGAAGAAUAACAAUAAAAUCGUAAAAGAUAGAAGUCGCGGCAGAAAGUCUCAAACCAAUAGAGACAAAAGUGCCCGAACCUCUACAGCUACCUCAGCUACGACUAGCAAUGUCCCGGUUUCUUCUACUCCAGCGCCAGCGCCUUCCGUUUUUGAUUUGACAGCUAUGACGCUACUUAGCGCAGCAGAGGAUAUGCAAUUACUCCUUCGCUUAUUCGAUUCUAUCUUCAACUCUAAAAAUCCGCUCGUGAAGGAAUUGGUGAAGGACAGAGAGGCAAUGCUGACGAAACGAAGCUUCACUACGCUAAACAAUAGCUACAACAAGAAACCUCCCGUCACAGCGAGCGAGCUGUUGAAGGUGAAGCAAAAAAUAGAUGCAGUAAGAACUAAAUUAACGCAACUAGACCAAAGGAUAAAAAAUGUGCUACAGCCUGUGUCUUUAGAUCAGCCCUCGCCGGGCUCACGACGGACAAGGAAUAGCACACGCCGGAACCAAGCGAGUGCGCCGGUUGUGAUAACGUUAGACUCGGAUGACGACAGUAUGCCAGAGUUCGUAGGGCAGGUAAACAAUCCCAGCAAAGCAAAUAAUUCAUUUGAGACGGAAAACUAUGUAAUGCGCAUCAAAGUACGAUGGGGCAUGGGCAUCGAGAUGUUCGAGCAUCGAAGGUUUCAAAAGUUUGCCGACAUGUUCGCGCAGCUGGCUGCGAAGGAGUCCGCCGAUAGUUCGUGCAUUUUCCUGAACCUGGAAGAUCGCAUUGUGUACCCGAACGAUACGCCGGAUUCCAUCAAUUACAAACCAAAUCAAUUCAUUUCUGGCCGCAUUUUGAAGAGUAAAGCACCGGGUCUUCCCACCGCAUCGGCUUUGACAACCAGUAACAAUAGCACCAUCUCGCUAAAGAUACAGAUGGAAACACGAAAGCAACCGCUACGCAUACAGAUAGACAAGCAGCAAACCAUGUCAGUAUUGGUGAUCAAAUGUGCGGAAGAACUAAAAUGUAAACCGAAAGACAUUAAAUUGUACUUUGACGGUGAGCUUAUCGAUAACAGUUCCAAACCAGAGGAUCUGGACCUUGAGGGAGACGAAAUACUCGACAUUCGUUUUACUAAGUGAUGAAAUUACUGUCGAAGCGUGUUUUAGUUCAACGUUAUCGUUCCGUUUAAACUCUGUGUCCGAAUGUAUAGAAUAGUUAAAUUUUUAAAACUUGGUAGUAGUAACCUCAGAAGUAGAACCGAGAACAGCAAGUAAUAACCUUUGUUGAUCUUCGAUGAUGUAUUCAAAUUCCAUUCGCAGU